GACAUGUGCUGGGCGCGGCCUGGCGGGGCGGGGCCUUCUCAGCACAAAUAGGAGGCGCGGCGAGCCUUGCCGGGGGCGGGGCCUUAGCUGUACAAAUAGGAUGCGCGGCGGGCCUUGGUGGGGGCGGGGCCUUAGCUGCGCAAGUGGUGUACAGCUUGUGGCUGCGAUUUCGCGCCAAACUUGACGGCAAGCUUAGCGGGUAGGGUUUUAUUCCCGCUGCCAGCAUGGUUCGACCGCUGAACUGCAUCGUCGCCGUGUCCCAAAAUAUGGGCAUUGGCAAGAACGGAGACCUGCCCUGGCCUCUGCUCAGGAAUGAGUUCAAGUACUUCCAAAGAAUGACCACAACCUCUUCAGUGGAAGGUAAACAGAAUCUGGUGAUUAUGGGUAGGAAAACCUGGUUCUCCAUUCCUGAGAAGAAUCGACCUUUAAAGGACAGAAUUAAUAUAGUUCUCAGUAGAGAACUCAAGGAACCACCACAAGGAGCUCAUUUUCUUGCCAAAAGUCUGGAUGAUGCCUUAAAACUUAUUGAACAGCCAGAGUUAGCAAAUAAAGUAGACAUGGUUUGGAUAGUCGGAGGCAGUUCUGUUUACCAGGAAGCCAUGAAUCAACCAGGCCACCUCAGACUCUUUGUGACAAGGAUCAUGCAGGAAUUUGAAAGUGACACAUUCUUCCCAGAAAUUGAUUUGGAGAAAUAUAAACUUCUCCCAGAAUACCCAGGCGUCCUCUCUGAGGUCCAGGAGGAAAAAGGCAUCAAGUAUAAGUUUGAAGUCUAUGAGAAGAAAGACUAACGGAAAGAUGCUUUCAAAUUCUACUGCUUCCCUCCUAAAAUUAUGCAUUUUUAUAAGACCAUGGGACUUCUGCUGGCUUUAGAUCUAUGAGUAAUUAUUUCUUUAGGGAGGGGUAUUGGGAAGAAAUGUUUGUUUUUUUGAUUCUGGAAAUGGAACCUAUAAUUCUAAACAAUAUGUUAUCUUUUCCCAUUAAUCUAACUAGGUUAUAUUAAAGUACCUUAAGAAAUAUCACUUGCUAUAAAGGUCUCAAUGCUCCUCCCAUGAAGGCCUCAAGUGGCUCCCCAGCAUAUGCAUAGGGUAUUGUGUGUACAAGAGACCCUAAAGACAUAAAGCCCCUGGAGCAUGAGCUGAUACGGGGCCCAUAGAAAUAGGAACUAGACAGAUAAGUCCAAAGGACAGAAAUAGGUUUUAAACAGCAGAGCUGGAACUAAGACUUUAAAGAAAAUUUGAUCAAAGUAGAAACUGGAUUAUUGUAUGCACAUCACACUUGCAGCAGAGCUCUGCUCACUCAGACAGAAAAUCAGUAAAUGGAGAACUCCAUUGUGUUCCAUAGAGACGAGAGCAGGUGGAAGAUUAUGUAAGGUCUAAAACACUGAAAUUGUCUGCUUCUCAUCUUCAGUGAGAUUCCAGGGGAUAGUACAGUGACAGAACAAGAAUAGGCACUUUCUACAAAAAAAAAAAAAGUAAUAGCAAGCAUAAUAGCUACUGUUAAGAACUCAGAGAUAAUGAAUUGAGAAUGGAUACUGCUUGAAAUGAAAAUUAAGAAGUUAGAAACUAAACUUUAUAAAAAUAAAAAAUGAGCAUUAAAAUGAC